AUGUCCCAGGUGAAUGAUUUCAUCUUUGGCACCGAGGGCUACCAGAGUCUCCAGCACCGGCCGUCGCUGCUCAGGACGCUGACCGGCCUACGAAAAUCGCCGAUGGACAACUCGCACCUGACUGUGGACAGCCAGAAGGUGAUUGGAGCCUCGUACUCUCAUCUGGACCUUGGUGCGUCUGAUACGCAGAAACGCAACUCGUCUCCAGAUUCGCGCUCGGUCCAUUCGAACGGCUCCACCAAGUCUCCGCGCCCGAGUCUGAAUCUGUCCAAGGCGAAGAAAUUGUACGAUUUGUCGACCAAGAUCGACGACGACGCUGACUGGAACGACGACAUCGACGAUCUGGCCACACCCUCGCCCCAGGACCCAAAACCGCAAUUUUACCCCGACAUCUCGGAUCUCAAGUUGCAGGAGUCUCCGAUGGACAGGUCGACGGCGUCCAUGGAGCCGCCACUUGAGACCCAGCAACUGUCCGAAGCGCAGCCAGCACAAUUUCUUCGCUCGGACUACGAACGCAUCAUGAAAGACCCCUUUGUCAUUCUCGAAAGGACCAGUAACCAAUCCAAAUACAGCAAGAUCGUCAAGGCGCUGAAAAACCAGCCGUUUGAUAUGGCUGAGUUACGCAAGCAAACAUGGAGUGGCGUUCCUGCUGCGCUCCGACCGCUCGUUUGGCAGGUGCUUCUCGGGUACCUCCCGGUCAACAGCGCCACAAGGGAGUCAGUUUUGAGACGAAAACGUAAAGAAUACACCAACAGCAUGACACAGCUAUUCCGAGCGGAGAAGGACCAGGCCGUGUGGCAUCAGAUCUCCAUCGACAUCCCGCGGACCAAUCCUACAAUCAAACUGUACUCGUUCGAGUCCACACAGCGAUCACUUGAAAAAGUCCUGUAUUUAUGGGCAGUCAGACACCCUGCGAGCGGCUAUGUGCAGGGAAUUAACGACCUGGCCACUCCAUUCUACCAGAUUUUUUUAUCUGCAUAUUUGUGCGACCAUGUUGACAUGGAGGCGUUCAACACCAACCAGUUGCCGCAGGAGCUGAUCAACUGCAUUGAAGCAGACACUUACUGGUGUCUCACAAAGGUGCUAGACACCAUCCAGGACAACUACAUCCACGAGCAGCCGGGAAUAAUCCGCCAAGUGUCCGAACUGCGAGAUUUGGUGAAACGAGACGAGCCGUACCUGGCUGAGCAUUUCGAGCACGAGGGAAUCGACUUCAUUCAGUUCUCUUUCCGCUGGAUGAACUGCAUGCUGAUGCGCGAGCUCCGAAUGGAGCUGAUUGUGCGGAUGUGGGACACUUAUCUGUCAAGCUAUCCAACAGGAUUCAACCAGUUCCAUGUCUACGUGUGCUGUGCGUUUCUGCGACGUUUCAGCGAGCAGCUGUUGGAAAUGGACUUCCAGGAUAUCAUUAUGUUUCUCCAGGACACGUCCAAAACCAGUGACUGGACAGAGGCCGACGUCGAGAUGAUGCUCAGCGAAGCGUUUGUGUGGCAGUCGCUCUACGAGAACGCCACUGCUCAUUUCAGAACAUAA